GGGGGAUUAUUAGGAGAUUUGAAAGAAGAUUGAUGAUAGUGGACUUGUUGUGAAUAUUGGAGUUGUAGAGAUCUCAUCAUCGUGUAAAUAACUGCGGUAUCCCUUUUGCUUUCAGGAUACCAUCAGCAAACAAAUUAGUGUAGCAUGGAGAAUCGUGACACAGUGAUCAUGGCGGGAGCAAAGGUGUUGGAGAAUGGGAAAUCUCACGAGGUGGUGAAUAGGAGAAUGUGGUCAAGGGCAAGAGAGGUAUUGCUUGCUGUCCUUGAUGUCAUCGAAGAGGCAGAGAAAAAACAAGCGAGGGAUCCAGAAGUGAAGCUGUGGUUCGAGGGCGUUAAAGAUAUAUGCUACGAGUUAACGGAUGUUUCAGAAGAAUUUGAACUAGUGCAACAGGCAAAGAAGUUGCGCUUUGUAGGCCUCCGACUCCUUCAACACCUUAAGGGACGCCGUAAGAUGAAAAGCAUCCUUCGUGAAUUUGAGGCCUUAAGAGAAGAGGUUGGUAAGUUGAAACUUGGUUCGAGCUCAGAACUACCGGUACCAGUAAAUUUGCAUGCGCCAAUCACUCCGUCCAAUAUUUCCGGCAAAGAGCUCAUCCUUGGUCGAGAAGCUGUAAUUCAAGAUGUAAUUAGCAAGUUAACCGAUCGUCAUGUAUAUCAUCCGUGCAUAUCCCUUGUUGGAGAAAGUGGAAUAGGAAAGACUGCGAUAGCCCGACAUGUGUACGAAAGUGUGAGAGGUAAAUUUCAUUUCGCGACAUGGGUAACUGUCUCUAAACAAUUCAAUGUUAAACGAAUUGUGAAGUCUAUGCUGAAAGGGAGCGGUCAUGAACCCGUGGCCGCUGAAAUGGAAUUACUAGAAGCUGAGAUUCAGAAUUUAACUGUGGACGCGAGAUGCCUUAUUGUUCUGGACGAUGUCUUCCACCUAGAUCCAAACCGGUGGUUCCAUCUUCUGAGUGUGCUGGGUCCAUGCUCAAGUAUGUUUUUGAUAACCACACAGAUGGAGAGGGUCGCAGAGUUAGCAGAAUCCACAAUCGUGUUCAUGCGAAGUCUCCUCGACGAGGAUUGCUGGUCAAUUAUCAAACACCAUGCAUUUGGUGAUCUGAAGAAUGAGUCACCCGUGGAAUGGAUUUUCGGCCAAGUUGGAAGAGAAAUCGCAAAAAAGUGCCAGGGGAAGCCAGCUGUUGCUAAGUCUGUUGGUAAUAUGUUGCGUGGCAGAUCUUAUGAAGAAUGGCAUCAAGUACUGCAAAUUGAUAGGCAGUGGAGGGACUUGAGAUCUUCAUCCAUGUGGAACUUUUCUUUAAUGCCUCCUGCUUUGAGACAGUGCUUGUUAUAUUGCUCCAUCUUCCCUAAGAAUUACUCCAUACAAGAAGACAAGCUCAUCAAACUAUGGAUGGCACAGGGCUUUAUUGCCUCCGACGAAGAUAUGAUGGAAAUAGAAGGUCGGAAAUAUGUCAAGCAACUGCGAGAUUGCUCUGCCUUCCAAGAUGGUGAUGGUGGCCUCAUAAUGGACGAAGGAAUGACUGACUUCAUCCAAGAUCUUGCUCAAAAUGAAUGCCGCAUAAUGUUUCUCAAUGAAGGAACGACCGCGGAAGAGGCCGGAGAGAAUCGUGCUUUGACAAAGCCUCCUCAUUAUCGUCAUUGUACCCUAUGUCUUGAAGAUCAAACCACUUUUCCAGAUUCAAUUGCCAAUGCAGAGAAACUACACACACUGAUGGUUUUGUCUGAGUCUUCUGACAUAGAUUCAACAAAUCUUGCCAGCCUUCUAAGUCGUAUGAAGAGAAUCAGGGCGUUAGAUUUGAGCUCUUGCACAAUACAACAGCUUCCAUUGAAGGCAGCCGAAUUGCUUCAUCUAAGGUACCUUAAUCUUUCUUUCAAUCAUGAGCUAAAGAAGUUGCCUUCUGCAAUAAGUAAUUUGCUUAAUUUGCAAACAUUAAAUCUCAAUGGAUGCAAUAGUCUUCGAAAACUACCAAAAAGUAUAGGAAAAUUGAUCAAAUUGCGACAUCUUGAGAUUCUCUGGACCACAAGCCUUAGCUACCUACCAAAAGGGAUUGCAACCUUAACCUUGUUGAGAACUUUAAAUCGAUUCUUCGGGAGCAGUGGUGGUGCUAGCAGAAGCAAAGCAUGCAGUCUUGGAGAUUUGGAGAAUCUGAACAAUAUUCAAGAGUGGAUCACCAUAGAUGGAUUGGGUGGCGAAACCGAAAUUUCUGAAGCUAAAAGAGCAGGUCUAAAGAACAAGAAAAAUUUGUUUGGCUUGGAACUGUGGUUUUCUAUUGCAGGAUCGGAGGGCAACCAUCAGAUCCUACUUGAUAAUUUAAAAGCACCUUCUCAAUUGCAAUCCCUUGGAAUAUUUCACUACGGAGGAAGUUCAUUCCCCAACUGGAUCAUUGAAUUGAAUGGACUAAAACAACUAUUGCUUGCUAAUUGUAGUGAAUGCAAUGUUUUGCCCCCUCUUGGGAAACUGCCAUGCCUUGAAUCACUUGAGAUCAAGAAUAUGCCUAAGGUGGAGAUGGUAGGUUCUGAAUUUCUGGGAAUAGGGUUAAACCAUGAUGAUGCUGGCAACGAAGGCUCCUCGUCUGCAAUUGCAUUUCCCAGAUUGCAAAAGCUUCACUUCAUAACGUUGGGUCGCUGGAAAGGAUGGACUGGAAUCAAUGGUAAUGGUGGAGAUGAGAAGGUUAUGCCCCUACUAUCUUCUUUGUCAGUUGUAAACUGUGAAAGCUUAAGAUCUCUUCCUGACUACAUAAAGAAGAAGGAAAAUUUGAAACCAGUUAUUGAAGGAUGUUCUCGGCUACCAAGACCACGGAGAAGCAAGAAUAGAUGAAGAAUAUGGAACAAAGCAGAUUAAGAUGAAGGUCCAUUUUAAUGUUCCACUGUGCAGUCUCUACCAAAUAUUGCAGAGCUGUGUGUGUUAAAUAUUUCUGUUCUAUAUCCAAAGGGUACUUAAGAAGUUGAAGAUUGCAGGUCUCUGGCGCCAAAAGUCCAAUUUCUAAAUUGACUCCUUUAGUUUUUUAUUUCAGUUUGGCAAACAUUGGAGUUCAGAUUUUAUGGUGUAAUAAUAAGUUAUGUCUCUCAGAACUUGUAA